UCUGGCCCUCCUCUAGAAUUUCUUAAAUUUUGUGGCCCCCCAUUAAAAAAGUUUGCUCACCACUGAUCUACAGUGUUCCCGUUACAAACAUCACGAGCAACCUUGAAAGCCUACAAUAACUUCUGAAUUUCUAUCUUCGUGCAUUCCUUAAAAUACAUAUAGCAUUAACCCCAUCAAUUGGCGAGACGACCUGCUGGGCUGGUCAUCAGGAUCGGAUCGCAGGACACGUGCAAUGCAACUUCGUGACGUCGGGCUUAUCAGUCGUGGCAAGGAUCGACGACGCAGUACCAACCCGGAAUCCCAAUAUCCGAUACUAAUUUCCAGGAUUCAUGAUGUAUCAUUGGCAGAGUCAAAAUGUCAAGGUGUCCGGUGUGGACGAUAUGGUGCUACUUCCAAAAAUUACGGAGGAUGCUAUCACGGAGAAUCUCCGAAAGAGAUACAUGGACGAUUACAUAUUCACGUGUAUCGGUCCUGUGUUAGUGUCAGUAAAUCCUUUUAAACAAAUGCCGUAUUUCGGGGACAAGGAAGUUGAGAUUUAUCAAGGAGCAGUACCGUAUGAAAAUCCUCCGCACAUAUACGGAUUGGCAGACAGUAUGUACAGAAAUAUGUUAAUCGACAAGGAAAGUCAGUGUGUUAUCAUUAGCGGAGAAUCUGGUGCUGGUAAAACUGUGGCAGCGAAAUGCAUCAUGUCUUACAUCGCGAAAGUCAGUGGCGGCGGAACUCAAGUACAAAAAGUGAAGAACGUUAUUCUCGAAUCUAAUCCCUUGCUAGAAGCCUUCGGCAACGCGAAGACCAUAAGGAACAACAACAGUAGCAGAUUUGGUAAGUAUGUGGAAAUGCAAUUUGACGAUGGUGGUCAGCCGACCGGUGGGAAAAUCUCGAAUUUCUUAUUGGAAAAAUCCCGUGUCACUUGUCAUAACGUUGGCGAACGAAACUUCCACGUGUUCUAUCAACUGGCGAUUGGUGCUAAUCAGCAAUUGAAAUCUGACUUUGGAUUGUCAAGUGUCAACCACUAUAACUAUCUCAAUUACGGUGAAAACUACAAGGUUGAAGACAUAAACGACGUCCACGAUUUCCAAGCAACAUUGAAAGGUCUGGGUGUGAUGGGAAUAAACGACUCGGAGGUGCACGAUAUCUUUCAACUGGUCGCCGGAGUGCUGCACAUAGGAAAUAUUGAAUUCAGUGAAAAUGGCAAUUACUCACAAAUCGCCGAUGAUAGAUUUCUCGAAUUCCCGGCUCAUUUGCUUGAAAUAUCAGCGACUCAGUUGGCUCACAAAUUGAUAUCUCGCGAAUUCGAGUCGAAAUGGGGAAGCCAAUCUGAGUGCGUGGAUGUUACAUUGAACGUGGAACAAGCUCUGUACACUCGAGACGCGCUAGCGAAGGAUAUCUACGCUAGGCUGUUUGAUUAUCUUGUUAAAAAAAUUAACGCAGCCAUGGAAACCACGGCCAGCGGUCUGGAGAUCGGCAUUCUGGACAUAUAUGGGUUCGAGAUCUUCGACACGAACGGUUUCGAGCAGUUCUGCAUAAAUUUCGUGAACGAGAAGCUGCAGCAGAUCUUCAUCGAGCUAACACUAAAGGCUGAACAGUGCAAUUAAACCUCGUGACUGGACGAUUCGAAGUCCAGCAAUUUUUCUAAUUCCUCCAAUGCCAAGGAUAUUUCUUCCAAGUAAUUAUUUGCAAUUGCAAUGAUUGUUAUAGGUGCAAUUUUACAAUGAUCGUAUCCAGUAGUGAUUGAAUCAGUGAGGUUUGAGUUAUUCUUAAUGCAACUUUUCACAAAUGGAAAAACCAUUUUCUCCCUUGCUCCUAUAAUAGUAUCAAUCACGAUAGAAGCUUAAUGACACGAUUUCAAAUAAGAAAUGUUAUUUACAAACGCGUUAUUGUUGA